AUGACAAAGCAUUGGGGGGGUCCGGGCAUGUUGGCACCAGCAGUGUUCACUGUAGCACGAGCGCAUCUCGAGUCUCACCUUGACUGUCGAGAUCCGUCAUCCACACCCGGCUGGCGUUACUCCACCGAGCCGCUGCUGGAGAAGCCCAGCACCACCACCACCACCACCACCACAUCCUCCUCAUCAUCUGUGGAUAAAGUGAUGGCGCAGGACUCGUGUAACCACACUUUAUGGGAACUUCAGGAUGGAAACGUGAACGGAGGAAAGAAGAAGAACUAUCAGCGUUACCCCAAACCUCCGUAUUCAUACCUGGCGAUGAUCGCCAUGGUCAUCCAGAACUCUCCAGAGAAGAAACUCACACUAGCAGAGAUUCUAAAGGAGAUCAGUGCAUUGUUUCCUUUCUUCAAGGGAAAUUAUAAAGGCUGGAGAGACUCUGUGCGACACAAUCUCUCCUCAUAUGACUGCUUUGUCAAGGUGCUAAAGGAUCCCGGCAAACCGCAGGGUAAAGGGAACUUCUGGUCUGUGGAAGUGAGCAGAAUUCCCUUGGAGCUGCUAAAAAGACAAAAUACAGCAGUUUCCCGCCAGGACGAAACCAUCUUUGCUCAGGAUCUGGCUCCGUACAUCUUUCAAGGUUACUCUCAGGGAAACAAGGCCACGCAGGCGCCCGCUAACCCUCAUCUGGUCUCCACUCCCACUCGCCACAGCCCUUCUCCAUCGGGGGACCCCUGCCGUCCCAAACUGGACUCCAAGUUUGCCAUCGAUUCUCUCCUGGAUAGCCUCCAGCCAGCCGCUUCUGCUGGGGACGGGCAGAGAGAGAGGGACAGUUGGGGGGCUGAGCUCCCCCCUCACACCCGUUCGGCCUCACCUCCACGCCCGUCCAACACCUUGUACAACUGCAGUUCAUCAGCCAGCUCGGCCAGUCCCACGUCUGAUCUGUCAGACGAGGAUUGGAGAGGGGCAACGCGUGUCGGGAAGAGAUCGAGUGACAGGGAGUCCACGUCGGACGGAUACACCGACUCCUUCCCCCCAUCCAACAAAAACCCCAAACAUGGCUCCACCCCUCCGUGGGAGCUUCCCACGUCUUAUGCCAAAUACACGCCCCCAAACACAGUCGCCCCGCCGAGCAUGCGCUUCCAUGGCAACCCAUUCGUGCCCCUGGGCGGCCUUCCGUUCUACAGUUACGGAGGUGCCAAUCACCUGAUCACGGCGGUGGGUCACGCGUACUGGCCCAUCCUACCGAGCGGCCCGGUUUCCAUACAAGCUCCGCCCCUCCUCAUGGACUUGGACAGCAUGCUGCAAUCUGUUCCGCCCAAUAAGAGCGUGUUCGAUGCCCUGGGUCCCACCAGUCAGACUGCUCAUGCCCCUCCCACCCAGUACGCCCUUCAGAAUGGACCUUCGCUUUGUAAAUACUCGCUGUGAUGAAUGAAACGAGUCCUGGAUUCAGCGACUCACGCGGCUAAAAACAUCGUUGUGUUGUUUCUACAUCAGCCUCACAACAGUUUGUUUAUUUUCAUGUUGGAACUCUUGAAGUAUUGUGUGCUUGUUUUUAUUGACUGUGUUGCAGUUUGUUUUCAUAUGAAAUUCUCAACAUCUUUCAGUGUA